CACCACACAUCCAUCGCGCGCCCCUACUUGAAACGACGUUCUACGGCCACACAGCAUUCGGUUUUCAUCUCCAUCCACGAUGCCGUCAGCAAUCGCGCUGUGCAAAUUCGUCGGCACCAUCUCCCUCGGCCUGCUCACGGGCGUCUCUUACACCCUCUCCACUCAAUCCCUCCCAUCCCUCCUCACCCUCCCCAGCGCAAAACCAGCGGCCUUCACCCUCGCGCAGACCACGCGCCUCGCAACCCUCCACAUCCGCACCCUCAGUACCAUCUCCGCCCUUUCGCUCGCGCUCGCCUUCUACCUCUCCCCCGCGCGAGUGCGUCAUCCGUAUCUGCUAUGGACUAGCAUGCUAGCGGUGGCGAGCGGCGGGCUCAACCUGGCCAUGGACAAGAGUCUGAAGCAGAGGGUGGCGCUGGAUGAUGUCGCCGAUGUGAAUGGCGAGCAGGUGGAGAAGAGAGCGCGGGAUCAGCAGUGGAUUGAGUUUGUGAGGACGGGGGUCAGCGGCGUGGGGUUCGUGAUGGGGGUUGUGGGCAUUUGGGGCGAUGGGGCGUGA